AUGGAUCGGAGGGACCCUAUGGCAUUAUCAGGGUCAGCCUCUUACUUUACAUCAAGAGGACUAACACAGUCUGGUUUACAUGGAUCACAAGGCAUUCAUCCCUUAUCUAAUCCAAACACAGCAUUUCAAUCCAAUCUUGGGGGCGGUAACAUUGGUUCAACAUUACCGAUAGAGCCUUCUUCAGCUAUUACACCUCAUGGUGUCAAUGUGGGUGCACCAUCUAUGCUGCCACCAGGUGAACCUGUGAAAAGGAAAAGAGGAAGACCUCGGAAAUAUGGACCUGAUGGGACUGUUUCAUUGGCAUUGUCUCCUUCAUCAUCUGCUAAUCCCGGGAUGGUAACAUCAACACCAAAGCGAGGUAGAGGGCGGCCACCAGGGUCUGGGAAGAAGCAGCAGUUAGCAUCUCUUGGUGAAUUGCUGUCUGGUUCGGCUGGGAUGGGUUUUACUCCUCAUAUUAUCACCAUUGCAAUGGGAGAAGACAUUGCAACAAAAAUAAUGUCGUUUUCACAGCAGGGGCCAAGAGCUCUGUGUAUCUUGUCAGCCAAUGGUGCUGUCUCUACCGUGACACUUCGUCAGCCCUCAACUUCUGGUGGUACAGUCACAUAUGAGGGACGGUUUGAGAUAAUAUGUCUGUCAGGCUCUUACUUGCUCACUGAAAGUGGUGGCUCCCGGAACCGAACUGGCGGUCUGAGUGUCUCCCUUGCUAGUCCUGAUGGUCGUGUCAUUGGUGGAGGCGUAGGGGGGAUGCUUAUUGCAGCAAGCCCUGUUCAGGUGAUAGUAGGUAGCUUCCUAUGGGGUAGCUCAAAGACGAAGAGCAAGAAAAGGGAAGCUGUAGAAGGUGCCACAGACUUGGACCAUCAGACAGUCGACAAUUCAGUUGCGCUAAAUAGCAUUUCACCAGAUCAAAGUCUUUCUCAAAGCGCUUCAUUGGCGGCAUGGCAGGCAUCACGGCCGUUGGACAUUCGUAACACUCAUGUUGACAUUGAUUUAAUGCGAGGGUGA